UCUGGUAAAUCAUAAAAACGCAUGGUUAAACUUUGCUCUUCCCCACUCACACCCGGAGUCGCAAGACAGACUGAGUCAUCUCACAAACGAGGACUAGACCAACCCAGGCAAAAUGGUGAAAGUUGGUAUCAAUGGAUUUGGCCGCAUUGGUCGUCUGGUGACCCGUGCUGGUUUCACCACCAAGAAGGUGGAGAUUGUCGCCAUCAAUGACCCAUUCAUUGACCUGGAGUACAUGGUUUAUAUGUUCAAGUAUGACUCCACACACGGCCGUUACCAUGGCGAGGUCAAGGCUGAGGGAGACAAGCUGGUCAUCGAUGGACACAAAAUCACAGUCUUCCAUGAGAGGGACCCAGCUAACAUCAAAUGGGGUGAGGCUGGUGCCCAGUAUGUGGUGGAGUCAACUGGUGUGUUCACCACCAUCGAGAAGGCCUCAACUCACUUGAAGGGUGGUGCCAAGAGGGUAAUCAUUUCUGCUCCCAGUGCUGAUGCCCCAAUGUUUGUCAUGGGCGUCAACCAUGAGAAGUAUGACAAAUCCCUCCAGGUUGUCAGCAAUGCCUCCUGCACAACAAACUGCCUGGCACCCCUGGCUAAAGUAAUCAAUGACAACUUUGGCAUCGUUGAGGGCCUGAUGAGCACAGUCCAUGCUAUCACAGCCACCCAGAAGACUGUGGACGGCCCAUCUGGAAAACUGUGGAGGGAUGGCCGUGGUGCCAGCCAGAACAUCAUCCCUGCCUCUACUGGUGCAGCCAAGGCUGUUGGCAAGGUCAUCCCUGAGCUCAACGGCAAGCUGACUGGUAUGGCCUUCCGUGUCCCCACCCCCAAUGUGUCCGUGGUUGAUCUGACUGUCCGUCUGGAAAAACCAGCAAAGUACGAUGACAUCAAGAAGGUCGUGAAAGCUGCAGCUGAGGGUCCCAUGAAGGGUAUCCUUGGAUACACUGAGCACCAGGUUGUCUCUACAGACUUCAAUGGAGACUCUCACUCCUCCAUCUUUGAUGCUGGCGCUGGCAUUGCCCUCAACGACCACUUUGUCAAGCUUGUUACAUGGUACGACAAUGAGUUCGGCUACAGCAAUCGUGUUUGCGACCUCAUGGCCCACAUGGCCUCUAAGGAGUAAACCAACCAGAUGACUGAAUGUACCAGUGUUGCCCUUAUUCUCCUUUAUACAGAGUUUUAUAAAUGUAAAACAUGUAAGAGCUGCGAUUUUGCUUAGUUCCAUCAGAUGGUCGAUCCAUACCCCCCUCAUCACGCCUGAGGAAACGUCCCACAUGAAAAAGGAUUUAAUCUGUUGACCAAUUCUUUUUUUAUUUGGUAAACUCCCUGUUCUGUUCUUGUGUUGGAUGGAUUAAGGUGUGAAGGUAUUCCUGUCUGCAGGACUCCAGUUCUGCAGUCAGUUGUGGAAUAAAGUCCUCUUUGUGAGAA